CGUUAGUCCACGGUUUUUAAAGCUAGCGGAAAUCAUCCGCUUCUAGAACGGCAGACGUUUGUUCUACUACUGUCGGCUACCCCAGAAUUCACCAUGUUCUCCAGAUUCAAAUCCCAAGAAGCAGCCCUCGACACUGCCACCACCACUCCCUCAUCAAACCGCCAAGAUGUCCCUCCACCCGCAUAUACCGCCGUCGCCUUAGACAUGCACUCUCUCGCAAUCGGCGACCCCCGCGAACAAAUCAAUGUGCCCAUGAUCCACUCGUCCGAAUCCACACGGCUACGCGACGCUUUCAAUCCCAGACGCGGGAAAGUCACGCAGACGGUCAUUGUUCGAAAAAUGACUAGAGAGCACUACUUGAGAAAAUACGCGCAUGACGCUAAUGGGAAGUACGUUGGCACCGAGACCGCAGCACCAGAUGCAGGACUGGUCUUUGUGCCAAGUAAGAGCAGUAGUGAUGAGCUAUUGGCGCAGGUCAGGAAGGUGGCGUUCGAUAGGGAACAUUCGCCGUAUGCAUUUCCGAUUGGGGGGAAUGAGCCCUUUUAGGGAUAAACAUAUGGUUCUUCUGGUGUUGUGGAAUUAAGAUUGUUGAAUGAUGUUUGUUAUAUGAUGCUGCAUGAGUGGAAUCCACGCAAAGAAUGCGUUGUGUUAGUAAGGUUUUCUGACCUGACAGGGCGUAACGAGGUAACACGAAAAUUUGCACCAUCACCAAAACACAUUCGACGAUGACGAAUUUUUUUGAAGCAAUAGCUUUAGUCACACUCUAAUCGUCAUUGAAGUUUAGACCUUAUUCGAGGUUAUCUUAUGGUUGUGGGUGGUUCGCAUUGUCCGGUCUGGAUGAAGCGAAAACAAUCUAAACAUUACAGCGAACCUAAAGGAGG